AUGAUCUGGAAACCUAAAAAGGAUCUAACUAGAUAUUAUAAUUGCUAUAACUUUUGUAUGUUUUUUCUUGGAGGCUCAAUCUUUUGUGUCUCAUUUUUUCUCUUCAUGAAUCCAACUGCAUCUCUUACAUUUAUAAAGGCUAAUAAUUGCUAAGUUAUAGGCCAGUAAAAAAAUUAUAUAGAAUAGGCUGAGAAAUAUUCUAUACUUUAUAUUAACUUCGAGUACUAAGGAAAAUAAUUUUUAGGAUAGGCUUGCUCAUCAGAUUUAAACUAAUCAGAUGUUUUUGAUGGUCUGGGGCCUUAUAAAUUCUAUUAUAAACAUGAUUAAAUCAGUUGUGGAUCUGAAGAUGAAAGUUUUAAAUAACACAGUAAAAAUAGAAUAUUUCAGGAAGAUUAAAAAAACGAAGCUAAUGAAAAUUAUAGAUUUUUAGGUGCAGAUAUAGGUGAUGAUGCUGAUAUAGAUGAAGGUGAAAGUAUUGAUAGAGGAUUAUUAUGCAAAAAGGAUUAUUUAUGGAGCAAUGUAAAAAUAGCUAGCUGGUUAUGUUUACCAAAUAAUUUUAAUAUUGCUGAUUAUAUGGAGCCAUAAUCUUGCUUUGUAAAUUUUUUUGAAGGUGAAAGAGCUUUUUAAAGCGGAAUAGAUAGAGCUCCGAUGAGAGACUAAAAUAACUUUCCUUUAAUUUCUUAUGAAUAACAAGCUUACUACCCUAAAACUCAUUUAAUUUGCAUCAUAAUAUUUACUUAUUAUAAUUGGAUUUUAUCACUUAAUACAAUAUUUUAAUACACCUCAAACGCAAUACUAAAGAUUCUUUAAAAAAAUAAAUUAUUAAUAGGCUGA